ACCCGGCCCACUGGGACCCACCGGACACCAGGACCCACUGGACAUGGACGCGCGGGGACCCAAAACCCCCGGCGGGGACGCGCUGGGCGAGGCGGCAGAAAAUCUAUUUCAGGAACUUCAAGAACAUUUUCAAGCUCUGACUGCAACAUUAAACCUCAGAGUGGAAGAAAUGGGAAGUCGCAUUGAGGAUCUGCAGAAGAAUGUCAGUGAGCUCAUGGUGCGAGCUGGGAUCCAAAAUUCCGUUAAGGAACAAGUGGUCUUCAGCAGGGAGAACUGAGGACGGUAGACCAGUCACUCGAAAAUGUGAUAAAGUCAAAACUGUACUUUUAAAAUAAUAAUUUGCAUGAGUUCUGACUUUUACUACUUAAUUUAAAAAUUCAUUCUAAUAAAAAGAAAGAUUAAAAGAACAAUCCAGGAAGAACAUAAUUCAGGAAAUGAUUAACAAAGAUGGUUGUAAAAUUUUUUAAAUAUAUACCUUGUAUUUAUAAAUCAUGGGAGAAAAGCAUAAGCUACAUUAGGUCAAUGUUUUUUUCCUGAAUUAAGUUCUACAUAGAUCUUUUUAAAAAGUGUCAUAAGCUGUUUUCUGAUUGAGAUUGCUUUUCAAAUAACUGCAUUCCAACACAGCUUUUCCACUCCCACGUGUUUGGGAAGACUCAUUUUAAUCUGUCCAGUCCAAACAGAUUCAGUGUUCUCCAGACCCAACCCAACCCAACCCAAGAGAACAGCUUGUCCGGGAGCUCGGUCAGCCUCGCCCACCCCGCUCCUGGAGGGUAGUUACCCAGGAGAUGCACACGUACUUCAGGGCACUUUGUAGGUUAUAGAGAGACAAUCAAGUAAUUGUGUGAUUUGCCUCUUUAAGCUAAAGUAAAAUAGAGCUAUGAUCAUCUAAAAAGGGGCUGGCAGGUGGUAACUAUGCAAACAACACCAGCUUCUCAAUCAUUUUUUGGAAGUAGUUCUUUUUCAGGGUCCCUGGGCGGCUCAGUCGAUUAAGCAUCUGCCUUCAGCUCAAGUCAUGAUCCCAGGCUCCC